AUGGUAUCUCAAGCAGUAAUCUUUCUUGGUCAUCUGGUUCCUUUAACUUUGAUAUGGGUAGCUUGUGUACAUAACAUUAUUCCUGUGAAUAACUAUCUGCCGGAAUUCGCACAUCACUUUGUUUUAUACGCACCAAUAUUUGCCGUAAUCAUGUUAGGGAUAUACGCAGUAGGGAGCGUUGUGUAUGGAGUUGCAACAUUCAACGAUUGUGCUGAAGCCAGAGAAGAAUUGAUUCAAGAAAUUAAAGAAGCUCGUGAAGAUCUGAAAAAAAGAAAGGUUCUGGAUUAA